AUGGAUGAAGAAACAAUGUUUGCAUUUGUUGGUCUAACCUUAGAGAAACCUAGUGAUGCAGCAGUAGAUGGAAUGAAUUAUGGUCCAAUUGUUGAUGAGGUAAUGGAUAUACCAGUUGAUGACCGUAUUCCUAAUGAAGAGAAUGUAUUUUAUGAUAUGGAUGACCCUCCGAUGGAUGUUGGAACCAUAUACACAAAUAUGAAUGAUUUUAGGAAAGCAGUGAAGCAACAUGCUAUAAAGACUCAGUUUGAACUAGGAACAGAGAAAUCCAACCCAAAUUUGUUCAGGGGCUUCUGCAAAGCUGAGAGUUGUCCAUGGUCAAUUGUUGCUAGGUGGAUGAAAAAUGAAAUGCAUGUGAAGAUUUGUUUGAAUAAAGGUGAGCGUUUUUGUUCAUCCACUGGCAGAGUAAGGACCAAGAUGGCAUCGUAUCAUUGGGUUGGAAAAAAGGCAAUUCCUUUUUUAAAGAAAGAUCCAAACAUGGGAGCAAUUAAGUUGCAAAAUGAGUUGCAGGAGAAGUAUGUCACCACAAUUCAUUAUUCUACUAUAUAUGCUGGUAUGCAGAUUGCACGUGAAAAAUUGUAUGGAACAUGGGAUGACAGUUUUGGGAAUUUGUUUAACUUUAAGGCAAUGGUUGAGCUUAAAAUUCCAGGGAGUGUGGUUGAGAUAGGGUUGAAAGAGACUGAAGACGGGGUGUACUUUCAAAGAUUUUUUUGUUGCUUCAAACCAAGUAUCAAUGGCUUCCUAAAUGGGUGUAGGCCAUAUUUAAGUGUAGAUGCAACGGCUCUUAAUGGUAGAUGGAAUGGACAACUAGCUUCAGCUACUGCAUUAGAUGGGCACAAUUGGAUAUUUCCACUUGCUUUUGGGUUGUUUGAAAGUGAGACCAAUGAAGAAUGGAUUUGGUUUAUGGAGCAGCUAAAGAGGGCAAUUGGAAGUCCACCUCAUUUAGCUAUUUGCUCAGAUGCAUGCAAGGGGUUGGAGAAUGCUGAGAAGGCGGUGUUUCCAUUGUCAUAA